GUUUGGACAAAGUUCUUAGACACAUGGUUAGGUUUUUGGAUGGCCCUGUGUGGAGCCAGGAGUUGGAGUCAAUGAUCCAUAUAGGUCCUUUCCAACUCGGGAUACUCAGUGAUUCUAGGAAAACAAACAAAAAAUGUGUGUGAAUAAAAAGUACGUGCUUUCCAAAGCAAAUCUCCAAAUAAUCUUUUCAGAAUUUUGCGUUAGAAAAUAUUUACAAUGCAGCAAUUUUGAACAUAACUGUGGUGUUGUCUUGCAAUGGAAACUAAAUUGUUUAUUUUCUGGAAAAUGAUAAAACUAUUGUGUUCUAAAGAAACAAAAUUAAUAUGCCUGAAUUGUAAAUCUUGCUAUUAAUGCUCCCUGUUGAGGACAGUUAACAGCUUUACAGAGGGUGACAAUGUUUGCCAGCCACUUUUUGCAAAGUGGCUGUGGUAGUAAACUUUGUCUUAGGAACAGUUCCUUCAUUGGCUGGUGGAAAAAGUGGAAGUCAUCUGUUGUGGGGAAGUCUGGAAUAAGCUGAUUUUUGUUUCGUAACAAUAUGGAAGCUCAUAGAUUCCUUAUCUCUAGUAACCCAUAACAGGGUAAAAGUAGUAGCUACUUUUAAUGAGUCAAGUCCUUCCAGUGUCUUCUUUUUUAUGCAAAAUAACUAAAGGUGCUUUCCUAAUUCUAAUUUCUCCCCCUAUCCUUAAAAAGAAAACCUGCAAAGUACUGGCAGUCAUCUGACAUAAUAAAACUCCUACAAGCUUCCAGAAGGCCGUCCAUUCUGGGUUUCUGUUGCGCAGUGAUAUUGGCCCUGUUUAUCAGCAAGCCACACGACUGUGCCAUGUUUUGCUCAGGCUUGCAUUAUUUCCUUUAAUGCAGUGACACAUUUCACACAGUGGACAUUAUAGUUAACUGCACUGGAAGUGGGAUUUCACCUCUAGUGUUUUCCUGGAAAAUUCUGAGAUACUUCAUCUCAGAUACAAGAAAAUGAAAAAUAUGACAUUAUUUUACAGUACAGAAAUAUUGUACUGUAUGACAUCAUAUACUUACAUCUUACAAAGUAUUUUUUGUUACUGAUCCUGUCCCCCUCCUUCAUGAAAAUGAUGCUUAUUAGUGAACUGCAAGUUUGCCUGGCAGUGCGCUCAAUAUUGUCAUUCUAGGAGGUUAAUGCUCAGAAGUUGUUACUGUUUUGAUUAUGGAUGUUGUCCUGUUUGACUCUUAUGAUGUGUAAAAUUUAAAUUAUGUGACAGUACAGAUGGUUAUAAUUGCUCACUUUUGGCUCUACUAUUUCUAUGUACAGAUAAAUACAUAAAAUAACGAACAUAUAUAUGUAUGCUCUGCACAAAAUAAUGAAACACAAAUACAACAUGCAGAGUUUUGAAUCACACUGCUGCACAAAGAACUAUAAUUAAUUCUAAGUGUGCAUGUACAUGUGAGGCACAAUUUGCUCUUUCAAGCCACUCUCAGCAAUGUACCUGUGCUCUUACACCUUAGCCAUGGGCAGUGAAUAUGUACUUUGCCUUUUUGUGACAAAUUUGAUGUGCCACUUGCGGAGAGCUGGCUACUCCCUUUGCUGGGUGAGUGACAAUCUCACCAGUAUAAAAAGGCCCCUUGGGGCGGACUGUGCUGGGUGUAGCUGAUAGAGCAGCAGAAAGAGGGCUUGCUCUAGGGACUGCAGCUAGAAAUCCUGUGCUGUAGCUACCAACUGGUCUAAGCUACACAAAAUGCGUGAAAUCGUGCAUCUUCAGAUUGGCCAGUGUGGAAACCAAAUUGGAGCAAAGUUCUGGGAGGUGAUAAGUGAUGAACAUGGAAUUGAUAUCGCUGGAAACUAUCGUGGGGAUGCAUCACUGCAGCUUGAACGAAUUAACGUGUACUUCAACGAGGCUUACUCCCAUAAAUACGUACCCCGUUCUAUCUUGGUGGACCUGGAACCUGGUACAAUGGACAGCGUACGCUCCAGCAAAAUAGGCCCACUAUUUCGACCUGACAAUUUUAUUCAUGGUAAUUCAGGCGCUGGAAACAACUGGGCUAAGGGCCAUUACACAGAAGGAGCUGAACUGAUUGAAAAUGUCAUGGAUGUGGUCAGGAAUGAGUGUGAGAGCUGUGACUGCCUGCAGGGAUUCCAGCUCAUCCAUUCACUUGGUGGUGGUACAGGCUCGGGCAUGGGCACACUCCUCAUCAACAAAAUCAGAGAAGAAUAUCCGGACAGGAUUAUGAACACCUUCAGUGUUGUGCCGUCCCCCAAAGUAUCCGACACAGUCGUAGAGCCGUAUAAUGCCAUCCUCUCCAUCCACCAGCUAAUAGAGAAUACAGAUGAAACCUUUUGCAUUGACAACGAAGCGCUGUACGAUAUCUGUUUCAGAACCUUAAAGCUCACCAAUCCCACCUACGGUGACCUCAAUCACUUAGUGUCCCUGACAAUGAGUGGAGUCACAACCUCGCUCCGUUUUCCUGGCCAGCUGAACGCAGACCUGCGGAAGCUGGCUGUUAACAUGGUGCCCUUUCCUCGCCUGCAUUUCUUUAUGCCAGGCUUUGCUCCGCUGACGGCUCGAGGUAGCCAACAGUACAGAGCCCUCUCGGUGCCAGAGCUUACUCAACAAAUGUUUGAUGCGCGCAACAUGAUGGCAGCCUGUGACCCCCGUCGUGGGCGUUACUUGACUGUGGCUUGCAUCUUCAGAGGCCGCAUGUCUACCAGAGAAGUGGACGAACAGCUGUUGGCUGUCCAGACCAAGAACAGCUCCUACUUUGUGGAGUGGAUCCCUAACAAUGUCAAAGUGGCUGUGUGUGACAUACCGCCGCGGGGACUGAAGAUGGCAGCUACCUUCAUUGGCAAUAACACGGCCAUCCAAGAGCUCUUCAUCAGAGUUUCUGAACAGUUCUCAGCUAUGUUCAGAAGAAAAGCAUUUCUCCACUGGUACACUGGUGAAGGCAUGGAUGAGAUGGAGUUUUCUGAAGCAGAGGGAAACACCAACGACCUUGUUUCCGAGUACCAGCAGUACCAAGAUGCCACUGCAGAUGUUGAGGAAUAUGAAGAGGUAGAAGUGGAAGCUAGUCCAGAAAAGGAAACAUAAGAACAAUGACACAAAAACAUUCUCCAAACAAGCCAGUUGUCAUUCACUAAAGAAAAAGCAGUAGCCAUCAACUGUAUACCACAUUUUUUCCUCUGUAUUUGGCCGAAGUAUAUCCAGCAUUACAAUAUGAGGCAAGAGCAGCUAUGCUUUACUUUCCAAAUCAACUGUUGACACUGAAUCUCCCCCCAAAAGAUCUGCUAUGAAGGCAAGUGCCCUCAUAACAGCCUUUCUUGUAAAUGGAUUCACUUUUUAGUAUUAUUGCUUGACACAAUGUAAUAUAGUCUGUGUAUGUACGUGCACGUGUAUCAGGAUCAUAAGCAACAGCAAAACAUGCUGUCAACUCAUCACAUUUAUUUAUUUUCAGGUAACCACAGUCCAUGUCUUGUUCAUGAACUUGCUACUGUUUUAGGAACUUGUACACAUCUGUAAGACCUAUAAAGGCAGUAUGUUUUAUUAUGCACUCUGCAGACAGAUCUUAAUUAGAGCCACUCACGUUCAAGUUGCAGGGUGAAGGGAGAAAAACAGAGGACAAGACUAAAUAUGGACAUUUUUUUUUCCUUUUUUUUUUUAAUAGUUUUAUAACAUUGCUGGUCUAUAUUAUUAUAUUAUUGCAGAGCUUGUACUUGUUGUGUGAUUUGUUUCCCUUUUCAAACUAUAGCUUGAGUUAUACUAGCAUACAAAAUUGUGAACACUGUAUUUUGGUGUACUAUUCUCCCACACCCCUCAAUUAUUGUAAAUUUUCUUCCUAUCACUGAGUACAGCAAAACACAUGGAAUGGUUUGCAGCUAGAGUUCAACAGCAAUCAUUAAGUAGGAAUACCUUGACAAAAAGUCCUCAUGCCCUUCAUAGCCACUGUAUGUAUAAUAUCCUUUAAAAUAAAGACAUAUACCAAUACUACAAAAUAA